GUUCGGGGCUACACCGACGCAGCAGGUUGCUGCUGAUGAGUCACUUCCUGCUGCUCUAGUCUCCUCCUCCGCCGCCGCGCGCGCUCUGUCCCCCACGCGUAAUCAAUACUAAUCAAUCAUACGGAUCAGCUGGAGCUGGCAGGCCGCAGUGUGCGGCUGCUUGGGGAUUUCAGAAGGAUUUCGAUUAACGAGUCACCUGCAGAUCUGCUCGGAGCCCUGCAGACUCAUGGCCGCAGCACUGGGAGGAUCCGAGGAGUCCAGUUUGGAGUCAGAGGAGUCCGCAAGGAGGUCGACAGGCCCCGUGGGCUGCUGGGAGUCGGAGCUGGCCUCCGUCCAGCACUGCCUGAAGUUUGUGCUGAAGCUGAAGGACGAGUUUGUUUGUCCCGUCUGCAGAGGAGUCGUGCUCAAUCCUCAGCAGAACUCGUGCGGACACAUCUACUGCUUCCACUGCCUCCAGGGACUGCUGGAGAGUUCGGCACCAUCCAGCCCAGUCUGCCCAGUGGACGGAGCUGUGAUCACACCAGCAGAGGUUUUCCAGGACAACUGCUGCAAACGAGAAAUCUCCAGUUUAGAAGUGUUCUGCACCAACUUGCCAGCGUGCACCCAAGUGGUCACACUGCACCGGCUGCAGGAGCAUCUGCGGUCGUGUCAGUACGAGCAGCUGCAGUGCACCAACCCAGGCUGCAGGGCGGCGCUGCAGAGGAGACACCUGCACGAACACCUGACCAAUACCUGUCCUCAGCGCAUGGAGCUGUGCCCACACUGCAGGCAACCGCACCGUCUCAGCCUCAUCCAGGACCAUGUGCAGAGCUCAUGUCCAGAUGUGGAGGUGGACUGUCCCAACAGCUGCUCCCAGAAGGUUCCCAGACACCAGCUGACUGAGCACAUGGAGUCGUGUCCUGAGCUGCUGGUUGACUGUUCUUAUAAGAAGUUUGGCUGCUUUGUACAGGAUAAAAGGAGGAAUGUGAAGCUACAUGAAGAUGCUGCUGUCAAUCGUCACAUGCUGCUGGUUCUGGAGAGUAACACACACCUGGAACAACAGGUGGAGGUUCUCCAGGAGGGGGCGCUGCAGAGGCAGCAGGAGGUCCAGACAGACUCUUUACUGCUCGCUGGCCUGCAGAGGAGGAUCAGACCACUGCUGCAGCAGAGCAUCAACCAUGAACACGUCGUCUCUGCAGCUCAGGGGACGCUGAGCAGGCAGGAGGAUGCCCUGUCCGCCGUCCAGCUGGACACCCAGCAGGUGUCUCGGGUACUUGGUCCUGGUCUGGAGGAGCUGGAGCAGCUCAGAAAGUCUCUGGAUGCUGUGAUGCAGGAUGUGUCGGCAGCUGAGGCCCUCAAAGAGCACCUGGGAAAUUUGGAGGAGAAUCUGAAGCAUCACUCGGGUCUCCUGGACCUCCACGCCACUCAGCUCAGUCACAACAAGCAGCACCUGCAGGAGCUCGAGGCGACGUCCUACGACGGUAAACUGAUCUGGAAGAUCCAGGACUUCGGGAAAAGGAAGGAAGCCGAGGUCAAAGGUCAGCCACCGUGCCUGAGCAGUUGCCCCCCCGGACGCUGUGGCUACAAAAUGGCCAUUAAAGCCUAUCUAAACGGGGAUGGGGAGGGACGAGGGACUCACCUGUCCCUUUAUGUAGUCCUGAUGCCGGGAGACUUCGACGCUCUGCUGCCGUGGCCUUUCAGACAGACCGUGUCUCUGUCUGUUCUGGAUCAAAGUGGUGCUGGUAACCACCGGAGUCUCAGCUUCAGACCUGAUCCAACAUCCAAAAGCUUCCAACAACCCAAGGCAGAGUCCGGCAGCAACAUCGCCGUUGGAUUUUCAUGCUUCAUUCCUCUGAACAAGCUAGAAACUCCACACAACGCAGUGUACGUCAAAGAUGACACGAUGUUUGUCAAAGUGAAGGUGGAUGUAUCCGGGUUAGACCACCUGUAA